CCCAGAAACAAAGAAAAGAGUGCCGCCACUGUUUUAUGGUAUUGCUUCCCCUAACACAACCCCACAGCACCACCUUCAUCAUCACCAUCCCAACCAUCAUCAUCGUCAUCUUAAUCAUCGUCUUCUUCUUUUUCUUUUUCAUAUUCUUCUUAUUAUUUCUAUUCAGCUCAAAAACCCUAGGGUUUGUUUGUUUCUUUAUUCCCCUCUUCGGAUCCCUUCAUUUUCACACUGAAACGAAAUGAAUGAUCGCUUCUGAGCUCUCUCGAGAUUUGGAUGGCAUUGGGAGAUUCAAUGGCCUCUCGCUUUUCCCAAUCCCCCGUCCUACUCCUCCCCAACCACCUCGCGGACGAUUGCGCCGCCUCCUCUUCAUCCGUCGCCAACGCUGCCGCAUACGAAGACACCGAUUUCGCUUCUCAGCGUAGGGAUUCCGAGUCGGGAACUGUUACUGCCACCACCAGCACCAGUGCCAGCUACGGCGGUAACGCCGCUGCCACUAGCUUGGCGUACUUGCCGCAGACUGUCGUCCUCUGCGAGCUCCGGCAUGAGGCCUUUGAGGCUGCCGUCCCCGUUGGACCGUCGGAGAGUGGCCUUGUGUCGAAAUGGCGGCCCAAAGACAGAAUGAAGACUGGAUGUGUAGCUCUAGUAUUAUGUUUAAACAUUAGUGUUGACCCACCAGAUGUAAUAAAGAUAUCUCCGUGUGCCAGAAUGGAGUGCUGGAUAGAUCCUUUUUCUAUGGCACCGCAAAAGGCAUUGGAGUCAAUUGGAAAAAAUUUGAGCAGCCAAUAUGAAAGAUGGCAACCAAAGGCUCGCUACAAGUAUCAACUUGAUCCUACAGUGGAUGAGGUGAAGAAGCUUUGCACUUCAUGUCGUAGAUAUGCAAAGUCAGAAAGAGUUUUAUUUCAUUAUAAUGGGCAUGGUGUGCCAAAGCCAACUGCUAACGGUGAAAUUUGGGUCUUCAAUAAGAGUUAUACACAGUAUAUCCCUUUACCCAUCAGUGACCUUGAUUCCUGGCUGAAGACCCCAUCAAUUUAUGUUUUUGAUUGCUCUGCUGCUGGGUUGAUAGUUAAUUCCUUCAUUGAGCUACAUGAAUGGAGUGCUUCUAAUUCCUCUGGGUCCACAAGGGAUUGCAUUCUGCUUGCAGCAUGUGAAUCGCAUGAGACUUUGCCUCAAAGUGCAGAGUUCCCAGCUGAUGUGUUUACAUCUUGCCUUACAACACCUAUAAAGAUGGCAUUACGAUGGUUUUGCACACGUUCAUUACUUCGUGGGUCACUUGAUUAUUCACUUAUAGAUCAGAUCCCUGGCCGUCCCAAUGAUCGAAAGACACUUUUAGGUGAAUUGAACUGGAUCUUUACGGCAGUAACUGACACAAUUGCCUGGAAUGUUCUUUCUCAUGAUCUUUUUCAAAGACUGUUCAGACAGGAUUUGCUUGUUGCAAGUCUCUUUCGAAAUUUUCUACUUGCUGAGAGAAUUAUGCGAUCUGCAAAUUGUUCUCCUGUGUCUCACCCAAAUUUGCCCCCAACCCAUCAACAUCAUAUGUGGGAUGCAUGGGACAUGGCCGCUGAGCUCUGCCUCUCGCAACUUCCCUCGUUAGUUGGCAAUCCUAAUGCCGAAUUCCAGCCCAGCACAUUUUUCAGUGAGCAGUUGACAGCAUUUGAGGUAUGGCUUGACCAUGGUUCUGAACAUAAGAAACCACCAGAGCAGUUGCCUAUAGUUCUUCAGGUUUUACUUAGUCAAAGCCAUCGAUUUCGUGCUUUAGUACUCCUUGGAAGGUUCCUUGAUAUGGGGCCAUGGGCUGUAGAUCUGGCAUUGUCUGUUGGAAUAUUUCCUUAUGUUUUAAAGCUGUUACAAACAACAACACCAGAACUACGCCAGAUUCUCGUAUUCAUAUGGACAAAGAUUCUGGCACUUGACAAGUCAUGCCAGGUUGAUUUAGUAAAGGAUGGAGGUCAUAACUAUUUUAUUAAGUUUCUUGAUAGCAUUGAGGCAUAUCCAGAGCAACGUGCGAUGGCUGCUUUUGUUUUGGCUGUUAUUGUGGACGGUCAUCGACGAGGUCAAGAAGCUUGUAUUGAAGCUGGCUUGAUCCAUGUCUGCUUAGAGCAUCUUCAGAGUACUUCAUCUCCCAAUGAUUCACAAACUGAACCCCUUCUCCUUCAGUGGCUUUGCCUGUGUUUGGGGAAACUGUGGGAAGACUUUACGGAGGCACAGACCAUGGGUUUGCUGCAUGGUGCUACUAUUGUAUUUGCUCCUCUACUGUCUGAACCCCAGCCAGAGGUUAGGGCAUCUGCUGUUUUUGCACUUGGCACCCUUCUCAAUGUGGGAUUUGAUUCAUGUAGGGGUGUUGUAGGAGAUGGAGAAUGUGAUGAUGAUGACAAAUUUAGGGCUGAAGUUAGUAUAGUGAAGAGUCUGUUGAGUGUUGCAUCAGAUGGGAGUCCAUUGGUGAGGGCAGAGGUAGCUGCGGCAUUAGCUCGCUUCGCAUUUGGCCAUAACAAGCACCUGAAAUCUAUUGCUGCUGCAUACUGGAAACCACAGACUAAUUCUUUCCUGAAUUCGAUACCUUCAUUGGCCAACAUAAAAGAUUCAAUUGGUGGAUAUCCUACCCAGAACCAACAUAUGCCUCGUGGAAGUAUUGUUUCAUCUCAAAUUGGUCCUUUGAGGGUUGGAAAUGAUAAUUCUUCAGUGGUUCGAGAUGGGCGUGGCUCUUCUAGCAGUCCUCUCGCUGGUUCUGGAAUAAUGCAUGGGUCCCCAUUGUCUGAUGAUUCAUCUCAUCAUUCUGAUUCAGGAAUAUUGAAUGAUGGUUUUAGCAAUGGAGUUGUUAACCAUGGUAGCCAAAAACCCUUGGACAAUGCAUUGUAUUCACAAUGUGUUCAUGCUAUGUGUACCUUAGCAAAAGAUCCAUCUCCGCGGAUUGCAAACCUUGGUCGACGGGUACUUUCCAUAAUAGGUAUUGAACAAGUGGUAGCAAAGCCAUUUAAGUCUACUGGUGAAGCUACAGGAUUGGCUCGUUCCUCUUCUUGGUUUGAUAUGAAUGGAGGUCACUCCCCUCUAACCUUCAGAACUCCUCCAGUUAGUCCACCUCGUCUAAAUUACUUAUCAGGAAUCCGUAGAGUAUGUUCAUUGGAAUUUAGGCCCCAUCUGAUGAAUUCUCCAGACUCAGGUUUAGCUGAUCCUCUUUUAGGUUCUGGUGGGGCUACUGGUACAUCGGAUCGCAGCUUUCUUCCACAGUCAAUUAUAUAUAAUUGGAGUUGUGGGCACUUCUCCAAACCGCUGUUAAUGGCUGGAGAUGACAGUGAAGCCAUAAUAGCUGGAAGAGAAGAGAGAGAAAAAUUUGCAUUGGAGCACAUCACAAAAUGCCAGCACUCUGCUGUUAGCAGGCUAACAAAUCCAAUAGCUAAAUGGGACACAAGAGGCACACAAACGGUGUUGAUGCAACCUUUUUCUCCUGUUGUGAUAGCUGCUGAUGAGAAUGAACGAAUUAGAAUAUGGAACCAUGAAGAGGCAACACUACUAAACAGUUUUGACAACCAUGACUUUCCAGACAAGGGAAUCUCUAAACUCUGCCUAAUGAAUGAGCUGGAUGAUAGCUUACUUCUUGCUGCUUCAUCUGAUGGAAACAUUCGGAUCUGGAAGGAUUAUACUCUGAAAGGGAAACAGAAACUUGUAACUGCAUUCUCUUCAAUUCAUGGUCAUAAACCUGGUGUCAGGAGUGUCAAUGCAGUUGUUGAUUGGCAACAACAGAGUGGUUAUCUGUAUGCAUCGGGUGAGAUAUCAUCUAUUAUGGCCUGGGAUCUUGAUAAAGAACAGCUUGUUAAUCCUAUACCUUCAUCAUCGGAUUGCAGUAUCUCAGCAUUGGCUGCAUCUCAAGUUCAUGGGGGACAGUUGGCGGCUGGUUUUGUAGAUGGUUCUGUUAGACUUUAUGACAUCAGGACACCUGAAAUGCUUAUCUGUGGAUUACGGCCACAUACACAGAGAGUAGAAAAGGUGGUGGGGAUUGGCUUUCAACCUGGACUAGACCCAGGAAAGAUUGUUAGUGCUUCUCAGGCUGGAGAUAUUCAAUUCCUUGAUAUAAGAAAUCAUAGUAGCGCCUAUCUUACCAUUGAAGCUCACCGGGGCUCACUCACAGCUUUAGCUGUACAUAGACACGCUCCAAUCAUUGCCAGUGGCUCAGCCAAGCAACUUAUUAAAGUUUUCAGCCUUGAAGGAGAUCAACUAGGCACUAUUCGAUACUAUCCUACCCUUAUGGCUCAGAAAAUUGGGUCUGUCAGCUGCCUUAAUUUCCACCCAUACCAAGUCUUGCUUGCUGCUGGUGCUGCAGAUGCAUGUGUCUGUAUCUAUGCUGAUGAGAACACUCAAGCAAGAUGAAUCUACAGUCCCCCCCCCCCCCCCCCCCCCUUCUCCUUCUCUCUCUCUCUCUCUCUUGAUUUCAUUGGUUGUCUCCAGCUCAGAAGAGUGCAUGAUACAUGUCUAAGGAAAGCCAUGCUUUGUUGGAUGAUCAUGCAAUGCCUCAGCCAAUGAGACAGUUUGUUUGUUGGGUAAUUAAAUCCUGUUACUACGCUUCAUUGCCGCUGUGAAUAAAUCUGAAACAUACUGGUAAGGUGCAUUUCUGCUGAAUUGCUGAUAGUGUAUGCAACUCAUUCAUUAGCCUCCAUGUUAGAAGGGCUGCACCUGACUGGGAGUAAUCAUGCGUAUUCAUUGGAGGCUGUCAAAUAAUGUGAUCUUCGUAAAUGUGUGUAAAUAAUUUUCUUUAUUAUUAUUUUCCAUUCCUAUGUUGUGUGUUAUAUCCCAAUCCCCCUUUAAUUUGUAAAUUUGUUAGCAGAAUAUGUAAUUUAGUUUGCUGACAGAUGUGGGUGGUGUGACUGCUGAGAACUGAGGCAUAUUCACUCAAAUAUAAUCUUUGAAUUGGGGGAAACCUUGUAGCCAUGGUGUAAUUUUAUUUAAGUUUGAGCCAGUGUGCUGUUUUAGUA